AUGACUGCUCCUUUUUUCCCAUCACUUACCAAGGUGUAUCAUGGCGAAUCUUACCCAGCAAUAUCACCAUCACGCCCUGAGCUUUCAGCCAAAGGAAAGGUUGUUGUCGUCACCGGCGGUGGCAGUGGCAUCGGCGCCAGCAUCGCAAAGGCCUUUGCAGCCGGCGGAAGCACCAAGAUAGCUAUUAUUAGCAGGACUGAGAAGAAACUUGUCGCGACCAAAGAUGCUAUCGAAAAGGAGUUCUUAGGCACCAAAGUUCUGGCCGUGCCUGCCGACAUCACCAACGCGGAGCAGGUGAAUGGCGCUUUCGCUAAGAUUGGCCAAACCUUUGGCAAGGUCAAUGUACUCGUCUGUAACUCCGGGUUCCUGCCAGCUACUCAGCCUGUACUCAGCUCAGGUUUCGAUGUGCAGGAAUGGUGGACCGGAUUCACCACCAACGUCCUAGGAGCGUUGUACUCGGUCCAAGGAUUCAUCAAACAUGCAGCCGAAGGAGCCUGUAUCCUGCACAUCUCAACUUGCGUUGCCCAUAUGCCACCGCUCGAACCUGGUGUGUCUGGCUACGCCGCAAGUAAAAUGGCCGCGACAAAGUUAUUCGACUACUUAGCGUUGGAAAAUCCCGGGCUACACAUCGUCAACAUUCAACCCGGCCUCAUCCAGAGCGAAAUGAGUCGCAAGAGCGGGCAUCCUGGCACGGAUCACAUCGAUUUGCCUGGCCACUUCUGCUUGUGGGUAGCUAGCCCUGAAGCCUCUUUUCUCAGGGGCAAGUUCGUAUGGGUGAACUGGGAUGUGGACGAAUUGAAGGCUAGAAAGGAGGAAAUACUGAGCACCGAUCUACUGGAUACGAAGCUCGGCGGAGUUUCUUUCAUAGGCUGGGAAAUGCCAUCGUAA